AUGAAGCUGCCCAAUAGCCUCUUUUUUCGCCAAAUUUGUUUGCUGAAAGGCCAAUGUGGCCCAGAUGAAGAUUUUCCCCAAGCUUCUUGCAACAGAUCAAUUCAAUGGCGUCGAGGAAUUGACAUGGAAGAUGGAGUACCAGAGUAUAUUGAAGUCAGUAAGCUAAACGCUUACAUAUUACACAGAAAAUUGCUAACACAACUCAGUCUUGCAUUUGCUGCGUCACUGGAUGUCAUCGAGAAACCUAUCUCAGGCACCAAGGAACAGUUCAGUGGAAAAGAAAAUGGAGAUAAUGGAUCUUAUGGAAUAUUCGGCAAUUUGUUAGUUCAAUGGUAUCGAAGUGGAUAUUCAGAUCCAGGGAGUAGUGCAAGUAUAAGCAACACAGGUAGCUCUUCAUUUGAGGAUAACACGAAAACUCUUGAACAGUUUUCCCUCGAGCUAAAACAACGUCAGACUUUUCUAGAUUUGGGAAAUUCAGAAGGAAGAUCCUCUAUAAGCAUAGCAGUGAUCAAGUCAUUACCUUUCUUCUUGACUCAGCUCCUGCAAAGAAGACGAUAA